AUGUCGUUCGAUAUUUCUGCUGAAAAUGCAGAAAUUCACCAUUCUCUUGACCAGCACUCUACUCCUGUUAGACGGUACAAUGAAAGUACGCUUAGUCUCUCGUCAGAGCUUUCCAGCCCGUUGGUAAGGCGAUUGUAUUGCAUUUCUGUUUAUAAACUGUGCUACAUAGUAUUGUCGGAAGAACGGCCAUGGUAUUGUCUGCUGUGGCCUCAGCCUCACCAGAUGUACUUCCCUGCCGUCACGCAUGGCGCCGCUUUUUCGUUACCUGAGCGGAAGCUUCGCAUCUAUUUCUACGCUCGCAGUGCCGUCCCCUGUUCUGAAAUGAUUUCGCUCUGGAGGACGUGCGAGACAUAUAUUCCAAAAAUACAUGGCGUGCAGACGGAACUCGAGUUUGCCUACGACGUCACGGUUGCAUUCCCUGACAAAGCCUAUGGUGCGUUGUGGUGCGGCGUGUUCCCGCAUCGGUUCAAGGAGCGGCAUUCGUACAGCAUUCGCGUUAUGCCGAACAAUGUUGAACUCAUGGCCGCUGAUAUGCUUGGUCUCAAGUACGCCAUAAACACAUUUCUGCAAGCAGUCAACCUUUGUGCCACCUCGUCGUCCUCUUCAUCACCGCUUCAGAAUCAUUCGACCUCUGUGCCGAUGCCCGUGCAGCUGCCGUGUCUGAAAAUCAACGACUGGCCAGAUUUUACCGUUAGGGCAGUGCUUCUCGAAUUCACCGGCUGUCGUGUGUUCAACUUGGACACUCUGCGACUGUUGUGCAGUCAGAUGAGUUACCUGAAGUGCAGCCAUUUGAUCAUUAGCUUCGAGGUGCGUGUGCAAGACAAGUUCUCGCUGCCGUACUCAUCAAAAGACCUCUUCCAACUGAAGCAGUACUGUAGGUCGCUGACUCUCGAAGUUAUCCCGUCGUUGGACAUCAAUUCUCGUGAUGUCGACACUUCGGUCGCUUUCACUAUCUUGUCCGAAUUUUUGGAAAAGUUCUACGUGCUGUGCCUGCGCGCCUCAGCCCUAUCCGACCAAGACCUGUUAGACCUGGCCUUGCUGCACUCACCGAUAUGCCUGACGCUACCAUCCGGCAGGCCAGGGUUCCUGUGUUCGUCACUCGAUCACGUGCUGAAAACCCAGUCGACGUUGUGUGAGCUGCUUCACCGAUGCAACGUCCUCGGCAUCAUCAUCUGCGACAUGUCUUCCGGUUGUGAGCUAGUGGCGCCAGUCGUCAACCUCACUUCCAAGCUGGCCGUUCUCGGUCUGUGCUGGAACCGUGACGUCGACUUCAAGUCUUACGCGCCGCUACUGCCGACCAUCUCAGCCGUCAACGUCGCUAGUGACAAUUUGAUGGAGACGCUGUUUCAGGAAAUUCUGAAAGCGGGUGCCAUUGAGUACGCACUCACCCUUAAGGCGCUCCAACAGAAAGGUUCGACGACCGAGCCGGAUGGUAUUCAGUUGUUCGCUCUGUCCAUCCCUAUGGAGCUGCUUCUGAACCCGGACAACAUCGACUUGGACUCGUUUUCGUUCAUGGUGAAGACGAUUACGAUAAGUAUUCGUGCUUUCUGUUCACUAUUUAAUGUAUUUCAUGAAGCCUUCUCUUAG